AUGGCCACCUCCCUCUUUGCUCGCUCUACCAUCCGGACGGCGACAAGAUCCUCAGUGUUUUCCAAACAAUUGCGCGCCGCCUCCUCGAUCAACGUCGCCUCCAUCGACGCCAUGAACUCUUACGGCCUCGGGAUAUCAAAGGCACAAGGUGUGGCUGAAGAUGGACUGGUCUCUGCAAUCGGCAACACUCCUCUCAUCAAACUGAAGUCCCUCUCCGCGAAAACGAAAUGCAACAUCCUCGGCAAAGCAGAAUUUCAGAAUCCCGGAGGCAGCGUCAAAGAUCGUGCGGCGCUCUUCCUCGUGCAAGAGGCCGAGAAGAAAGGACAACUCAAACCAGGUGGAACUGUAGUUGAAGGUACAGCCGGCAACACAGGUAUUGGGCUCGCGCACGUCUGCCGCAGCAAAGGCUAUAAGCUCGUAAUCUACAUGCCCAACACGCAAUCGCAAGGCAAAAUCGAUCUCCUCCGCCUCCUCGGCGCCGAAGUCUAUCCUGUACCCGCCGUCGCCUUCGACAAUCCCGAGAACUACAAUCACCAAGCGAAACGCCAUGCCGACCGACUCGACAACGCCAUCUGGACCAACCAAUUCGACAAUACCGCCAACCGCCAGGCACAUAUUGAAACGACCGGACCGGAGAUCUGGGCGCAGACAGGAGGAAAAUUGGACGCUUUCACUUGCGCUUCUGGUACCGCCGGGACGAUUGCAGGCUGCACGCGGUACCUGAAGACCGUCUCCGAAGGCAGGGUAAAAUGCUACGUCGCCGACCCUCCCGGCUCAGUAAUCUACACAUACGUCUCAUCCGGCGGAAAACUCGUCGAUCGAUCUGGAUCCUCCAUUACCGAAGGAAUUGGUCAAGGUCGGGUCACGGACAACUUCGCACCGGAUAUCGAUCUCCUUGACGGAGCACUGCACAUUGCGGACGAGAAGAGCAUAGAAAUGGUAUACCGAUGUCUAGACGAGGAAGGAUUAUACUUGGGAGCGAGUUCCUGCCUCAACGUGGCCGCCGCGAGGGAUCUGGCGGAAAAGCUGGGACCAGGACAUACGAUUGUCACGAUCCUUUGUGACGGAGCGUACAGAUACGCCGAGCGAUUGUUCAGUCGGAAGUGGUUGACUGAAAAGAAAUUGCUAGGCGCAGUGCCGGAGCAUUUGCACAAGUACAUUGUAUUGGAGUAG